AUGAAUGGCGCAAGUUUCUUACUCUUUAUUCUUCUCGUCUCAUCGUUGCUAUCUUUGACAGUGAGUUCCUCUGCGACAACUCCUGUUGUCAGGUCAGCCAGUGGACCUGUUCGUGGCUUGGUGUUGCGCACAGUGUGGCAUUCGAUCGAGUAUUCUUCGUUCAAAGGCAUCCCUUAUGCGGAGCCACCCCUCGGUGACUUGAGAUUCAAGCCUCCAGUUCCAAAGAAGCCAUGGAGAAAUGUAUUAAACGCUUUCGAAGAGGGCAGCAUGUGUCCUCAGUUGAAUCUGAUGACGAGUGAAUUAAGAGGUCGCGAGAAUUGUUUGUACCUGAACGUGUUCACUCGCGAGGUGGAGUUUAAAGAUAAACUAAAAUUAAGGCCAGUCAUGGUUUGGAUGUACGGUGGUGCCUAUUUCGAGGGUUAUAGUAAUGCGUCUUUAUACGGACCCGACUUCUUCAUGGAAGAAGAUAUCGUUCUCGUUAGCUUCAAUUAUCGACUUGGCGUUUUGGGAUUUUUGGCGUUGGAUCACCCCGAUGCAAUGGGCAACGCCGGUUUAAAGGAUCAAAAUUUGGUCCUUCACUGGGUGCAAAAAAAUAUUGCCGCGUUUGCGGGCGACCCAAAACGUGUGACAAUUUUUGGGGAAAGCGCUGGCGCCACUUCUGUCGGUUUUCAUACGUUAUCAGAACGAUCUAGAGAAUCUGUUCAUUUUCUAUCUAAUCUGUCGUCCAUGUUUUCAGGACUGUUUCUUCGAUCAAUUAGCAUGAGUGGCACACCCUUGUGUCUUUGGGCGUACCACACGCCGGAGAAGAUGAUUCAGAACGCUUACAAGCUGGCCAGCCUACUUAAUUUCGUACCAACGAGCAAGGACGAUUUGUUGAAUUAUUUUCGUCAAGCAGCCGCAUCGAGUCUGGUAAUUGCAGCGCAGAAGAUCGAUUUGAACUUUUUGCCGUUUCGACCGACCAGAGAAAAUCCCGAGAUCGAUCUGACCAAUAGCACGUUUCUAACGGAAUGCCCCAUAACGAAGUAUAAUAACGGGGACUUUCAUCAUCACGACGUGAUGUUGGGUUAUACUCGCGACGAGGUUCUCCUUUUUCUAGGCCCUCCAAUCGGAGUGGCAAACAUGAUCGAUUGGGCUUUAAAGUACGUGGAGCACGCAAGCAAAUACAAGGAGAUAAGUGAGGAACCGAUAAAUUUAUUCGCGCGUACCAUAAGCGAUUUAUAUAAAAUGAGUUAUCGCAAAUUGGAGAAACUCAUGGUGGAUAUAUUUUUCUCCGGCCCCAUUGACCUGACUCAGAGGCUGUUGGCAGAAUACAACAAGGGUCAUCCUAUUUACUAUUAUAGAUUAUCCUAUCAGACGAAAUACUCUUGGCACAAAGUCGAGCACAAUCCGUUGAAUGGAACCGCGCAUUUCGACGAUGUUGGAUACAUAUUCAAUUCAAAGGCGCUUCACGCACCUACAAACCCGAGGAACAGAUUCAAUCGAUUCAGAAAGAGGAUGGUCAACAUGUGGGCCAAUUUCGCCAAAUAUGGGAAUCCGACUCCAAAGGAUAAAAAUCGCAUCGUCAAUUGGAUAGCUUCUGGCAAAGAUGGUCUUCAAUUAGAUAUCAAUACUAUACCCAGGAUGCACGAACGUUUCACGGAUAAGAACGCCGAAGAUUUCGAGAGGAUCUAUUACAGGAUACUGCCACUGGUCUCUUCUUGCGUGAAAAGAUCUACGAACUUCUUCGAUUUUGUCUGAUCUGUCCUUUCCCCCUUUUUUUUAAGUUCAACGUGACGAUAACAAUUCGCAAGAGAAUAAAUUCAAACAAAUUUUCUAAAUUUUCUCUUCACCAUUUUUCUCUGAACAAAUUUCUCAAACUAACUAUAG